GUAUGUAGUUCUUAUGAAGGUGCUGCCUGAUAUGGUCGUCAAUCAGGCUUUCCAACAGUUUCGAUACCACUGGAAGUAGUGCUACUCGUCGUGUUUUGCAGUUCCUUAACUUUGAAGAUGGGAAGAAAGAUGGCUCUCUUCCACUUGUCUGGCAGUUUUUCUGAAUCGAUGGUGUGUUGCGACAGACCACAUAAAGGCCUGCACAUAGCCUCAACGUUCUGUUUCAGAAUAUAUGGUGGAAUGUAGUCACAACCUGGGUGCUUCUACAGUUUUUCUAAUGUGUUGCAGUGGGCCCACUAGGUUUUAACUUGGUAGUUAUCUGUCGAAAUCUGAACCUAGCGUUUCAGCCAUUUCCAAAGAGUAAUACUUUAACCCCUUAAACGUCCUAGGGUGGGUUUUGUCUCCAACAUGAAUCAUUGUAAACUUUCAGAGUUUUUUGCCAAGAUUUGCCUGAAAUAACCUCCUGUCACUUAGGACCCUUGGUUUCUAUGUACACCUCGUGGUUAGUUUGACUUCUAGAGAUUUAGCAUGUGAACCAGGCUUUUUGCUUGACUUGUAGAAUACUCUGUGUGGUUCUCUUCAACCGUGCAGAUUGCUUCUCAGAGUGUAUUGUGACUGGAGAGAUGGGACUUGAAAUUAUGGUGCGUAAGCAUGAUACAGGUUCUAUUUGCUUUCCAUGGCCUCUUAGGAAUCUUAACAUGUUAUGGGAUUACACAUAGACGUCUAAGAUGCUCAGUCAACCAUUAUUCCAUGACAUAUAUCAUAGAAUAAAUGCAGAACGUGUUUUAUGUGAAUAAGAAUGAAUUUAAGGCAAUAGGUAUGACGAAAUGAGGUUUUAUUGUAGACAUGUUGUUUUAGCAAUUGUUCAUUAACGAAAGACGUCAGAAUAUCAAAGCAAAAUAACAAGAGAAGGAUGGAUCCUUGCAAACAUUCAAAGUGGUAUAUACAACAUUGGGGUGCAUAAAACUAGUUUAUGCGGAUCUAGCUAAUGGAUUUCAGUAUGCAAAAAAUUCACAUUUCACGUCAGCCACUUUUCAACUGAUAGAUUGAGCUGCCUUCAGCUAUAUAGACUUUUGCACUGGGGGAUAUAGUUUUGCUUGUUCAACCUCAAUUACCCAGGCUAGAAACCAAACUUAUCGUGUGUGGGCGCGUAAGGGUGUGUGUGCUGAUGAUACUACUAUGCAGUUACUCAUGUUAAUGAAGUAGGUGGAGUGAGACUCGAACCCGUGAUACGUUGGUCAAAAACCUAAUGCUUAAGCCAAUGGAACCACAUAAUCUUAUUAACACAUAUAUGGCUUAAGAGGUUAGUUACUUUUUGUUAAUUUUUUUAUAUAAUCAGGCGUAUUACUUCAUUGCGUCAUUUUAAGUUUAUUGGUUGGAGGAUUUCAUCAUGAGCUGACAUCACUUAGAAAACCAUUGGAAAACCUGUUGGGAGCACUGGACAACUGUUUCGUCAGCUUAGUUUGGGAUUCUGCAUCAGGAGUAUGCACCCACCCACCGACCGGUGUUCGAACCCAAGACCUGGUUACAAAACCAGCGAUCUCGUAGACCAUUAAGCCACUGGGACGCGAUCCGAUGGCCAGUCCAUGAAUUGUAACUUCUGCCAAUUCAUGGUAUAGCACGACCACUUCGUAAUGUGUUCUUUGAUGAGUUAUUGCCUCGCCUUUAACCUGCUUUACCCUACUGGUUCCAUUAGAAGGUCUUGGGUUCGAAUCCUGUCGGUUGGUGUGUACUGGUGAAGAGCCCCAUUCCAGGACGAAAUAGCUAUCCAGUACUCCCAGCAGGUUUUCCAAUGGUUCUCUAACUGAUAUCAGCUCAUUAUGAAAUCCUCCAACUAAUCAAACAUAAUUCCCUACCAAACCAAUACUUGAAAAUUUCAAGUUAACACUAAUAAUUAUAAUAUUAAGCAGUAAUCUAAAAUCUACUAUAAUUUGUGUUCUGAACAGUUCAUCAAGUUUGAUUUCGACCAAGUUACACAGAUAUGUUUAGAAGCAUUACAAAAUCUCUACUGAAAACUCUUAAGAGUAUGCCGUAUCGUGAAAUAAAUUCAUCAGCAGAUGAUAUAAAUCAGAUAGUUUUGCUUGGUAGAGUUAAUUCUAUUCAUUUAACUGAAAAUGCUGACAAAGCCUAUGUUUCUAUUGGUUUAACAACUAAAAAUACCUACAAGACUUCAAGUGGAUACUCAUCAUCAUAUGCAUAUCAUAAUGUUUAUGUUUUCACUUCAUCAUUGAUUGAUAAAGUUCGACAUUUAAUUAAAGGUGAUAGACUAUGCAUCACUGGCUAUUUAACUUCAUAUAAAGGCGGUGAUGGUCAAUGGCGUUUCUGUGUUACAGCUAAUACUGUUAGCCCAUAUACAGUUAUACAGUCAAGAGAGCAUGAUGCUGUUAUGACAAUAGAAAAAGACGACAUAGAAGACGAAGGAGUGGAUGAUAAAAUGCCACCAGCAUAUGAAGUUCAAAUAAAUAAUAAUAAUAUAUACCCAGAGGAUAUUGAUAAGAAAUAAUAAUAAUAACAAGAUGAAUCAAAGCCUGUUUCAUAGUGUCAUCCCAUCCUCCUAAGAUAUGACAACAAGACUGAUAACAACGCUAAUUAUGAUUUUGACAGUUGUGUAUAUUUCCAUGCAGAAUGUAUAUAUACAAAAAUGCAUUUCUUAAACUUUUAUGUUUUGUUUUACAGUAUAUUUUAUGCACUGAAUCAAUUACAAAUAUAAUUAUAUAUAUAUAUUCCA